AUGGCAUAUCACUAUGAGCAGCCGUUGAGCCUCUACGCGCCAGUCGUCAAUGGCAAGCAGGUCCUUCAAGUGUUCCAGGACCGCAACAAGCGCGGCUACGAAGACUGCACGGUCAUCAAGAUCGAUGGGAAAAACGCCAUGGCUCAGGUCAUGAAGCGAGCAAAUCUCCUCUUCAACUCCAAGGACCCCAACGUCCGUUUGAAUGAAGCCCUGGCGUCGCUAGUAUACGGACCAGAGACGGGCACGUUCGUGGUCUACCCUGGUCAGUUUGCCGGUCGAGAGUUAUUGCCCGACAACCCGUCUAUGCGGUACGAGCUCAAAUGUGCCAACUCAAAGAAGCCAGUCUUUGUUGAGGACAAAUGGAUCAUCUCGCCUCAGUCCCCGUGGGAGUUUACCGACACGGCGUCGUAUGUCAAGAAUGUCUGUCUUCCGCAGCAAACGCCUCCCCUUCCCUAUGCUACUAGCGCCGGAUCUUUGCCCAAGCGCGAUCUGACGUCAUUCAAGCGACACGAAAUAGCCUCAGAUUUAAACAAGCAGACUAUUAUCGUGGAUCGCCUGGCCCAGGCUGCAGCCCCUCCUGUCCCCUCUCCUCUUACUCUGCCUGUCUACCCCGAGGCCAUCAAGAUCGGCGCUGGCAACUGUACAGUCUUUCACCAACUCAAGGAUCGCCCUACGGUCGGCAUCCUCACCCUCUUCGUCACCACGCUCGACUUUUCCGAGAUCGACUUUAUGUACCAAUCCCUCGAGACCCUUUACCAGAGAGGCGUGACCGAUAUCAUCAUUGACGUUGUUGGAGGCAAUGGCGGCUAUGCCAAUGUCGCACCCGAUUUCGUCCAUCUGUUCUUCCCCAGCAAGGAUCCCCUUGACAAAGUCAUCCGUUUGAACUUUCGAUCUACUCCAGCAGUCCAAGAACUCAGCGCCAAGGUCUACAACUCAACCGAUGGCGGGUGGAGUCAAAUUGGCAACAUGAUCAGUAUUCAUGGAGGCAUCUUCUACGACAGCUCUCGGUUCUUUGACUUGGCCAACAACCACACCUACACCAACAACUCGCUAUACGCCGACACAGUCACCCAUACCCGGAAUGGGCGGAAGGCAGUCUACACCAAGACUACGGCCUACAAACCAGCCACUCAACCCAAUCGCCCUAACCUCGCAAAGUACCCCUGGACCAACAAUCCCUCCCGCAUUCGCAUCCUGACCGACGGCAGAUGUCUCUCCGGUUGCGGCCACGUCAUCUUCCUCAUCGCCAACCAAUAUGGCGUCAAAUCCUAUGGUGUCGGCGGCACCAAAGGCGAACCCCUAUCCAAGUACCAAUACGUCGCCGGCGCAGGAUCACAGCUGAAAAUGUUCAACGGCAUCUUUGCCUUUGCCAACAUGACCAGUCCUAUCAAGGACCUGCCGUACCAGUCGGUUCUUUCGGCCACUGUUGGCGAGAUUGUCGCGCCCGGGAGUAAAGUACCGUUGGAGUUUGACUCUGACAAAUACCCGACGGAUUUCAGGUUGGAUUUUGAUCCUGUCAAUGCCCGCUCCCGGGAGGCGUUGUGGACUCAGGUUGCAGAGGAUGCCUGGAAUUAG